UUGGUGACCUGCACGCGCUAUGCCCAAACGUGUCCCAAGUGCUUUGUUACUAGGGAUGAGCAAGGUGAUCAUGUCACUGGAUAUCCACAACAGCAACAACAGUCAGUUCACACCAUUCGCCAUGCUAGUCAACAAUCAACCAGAGUUCGCACUGAAGCGGUUGUGAGAGACCAUGGCUUAAAUCUCAUUCUCAACCCUUUCUGGAUUGGGCUGCUGCACUGCAAUAUUCAUUUG